ACAACUAAUACAAGUGUUUUUUUAAGCUGCCACAACUAGUGAAAUGAAUAAGCAUGUAUCGAGUGAGGCUAUGAGCGAAAUUUUUAGAAAGGGGAAGCCGUUUUUAGCGGUUAUUUUCUUGCAGUUCGGGCUUGCAGGAAUGGAUGUUAUUUCUAAAGUGGCUCUGAAUCAAGGGAUGAGCAAUUACGUAUUUGUUGUUUACCGGCAUGUUGUUGCUACUAUCGUCAUGACCCCUUUCGCAAUCGUUCUAGACAAGAAAAUAAGGCCAAAAAUGACCCUCUCGAUCUUUGUCAAGCUUAUGCUGCUUGCACUACUGGAGCCGGUUAUUGAUCAGAACCUCUAUUUUAUGGGGAUGAAAGCUACAACAGCAACAUUUGCGGUUUCAAUGUGCAAUGUUCUUCCUGCUAUAACUUUUGUCAUGGCCUGCAUUUUAAGGCUCGAGGUGGUGAACCUAAAGAGUAUUCGCAGCCAAGCGAAAGUAAUCGGGACAAUUACAACAGUUGCAGGAGCCAUGCUUAUGACACUGGUGAAAGGCCCAAUUUUAGAGCUAUUUUGGACAAAGGGAAGAACUAACAGUAACGUCAUAAACAAUGGGGUAGAUCUCCAUCAUUCCCUCAAGGGUGCUAUUAUGAUCACAGUUGGAUGCUUCAGUUGGUCUUGCUUCAUGGUUCUACAAGCAAUUACGCUAAAGUCUUAUCCAGCCGAGCUCUCUCUAACAGCUUGGAUAUGCUUAUUGGGAACAGCAGAAGGAGCAAUAGUGGCAAUGAUUAUGGAGAGAGGGAAAACAGCAGUUUGGGCUAUAAAGUGGGACACUACACUUCUAGCAACACUGUACAGUGGCAUAAUAUGUUCGGGUCUCGCUUACUACAUCCAAGGAAUAAUAAUGAAAGAAAGAGGUCCUGUUUUUGUGACUGCAUUCAGUCCAUUGAGCAUGAUAAUUGUAGCUAUCAUGGGGUCCAUUAUUCUAGCUGAGAAAACGUACCUAGGAAGGGUUAUUGGAGCCAUUGUCAUAGUUGUGGGGCUCUAUCUCGUUGUCUGGGGUAAAAGCAAGGAUAACAAGCUUUCAUCCCUUUCUAUUGGUGAGCCAAUAGCACCAGAAAAGCAAAUUCCGGUUAAAGAAUCUGAAGAAAAUUCUUGUAACAAGGUCAUCACCAUCAAAGCAUCAGAUGAAGUUAUAUCCACCAAUUACACAGUAUGCGAUAAACACAGUCAGACGGCUGAUUUAUGCUAACAGUAAAUGUCAAGCUCCGGGCACUCCAUCCAUCUAUUAAGCAAAAUUAAUCAGAAAUCUCAUCCCCGAUACAAACUCUCUUUAAAGCAAUGGAGGAGGUGGUAGAAAACAAGGAUAUGUCUCUCUUGAUUAGGGGUAGGAAUGGAUGGUGGAAGGAGUAGGAGGUAGCAAACAAAGACAUUAACCGUAAUGUAUGAGACAAUGUAAUUUUCUUACAGAUGGUAGCUUUUUGAACCAUUGGUUUUUAAGUUUUAACCUACUAUAUGUAGUUAUGUACACAAAGAUAUUGAAGUACUGUAUCUAAUAUUACUAUUUUGUCAUGCGGUAAUUUUUCAAAA